AUGGGGAGAGGAAAGAUCGUCAUUCAAAGGAUUAACGAUUCAACUAGCCGGCAAGUGACGUUUUCCAAGAGAAGAAGUGGGUUGUUGAAGAAAGCUAGAGAACUAUCGAUUCUCUGUGACGCCGAAGUUGGAUUGAUUGUGUUCUCUUGCUCUGGCAAACUUUAUGACUAUGCAAGCACCAGCAUGAAAUCUGUUAUUGAACGCUAUCACAAGGCCAAAGAGGACCAUCAUCAGCUAAUAAAUCCUGCUUCCGAAGUCAAGUUUUGGCAAAGAGAAACAGCAAGCUUGAGACAACAAGUGCAUUACAUGCAGGAAUGCCGCAGGCAAUUGAUGGGUGAAGAACUUUCUGGUUUGGGCAUUAAAGAGCUAGGAAAUCUGGAAAAUCGACUGGAGAUGAGUUUAAAGGUUAUUCGCAAGAAAAAGGAUGAAAUUCUUACUGAUGAGGUCAAAGAACUACACCAAAAGGAAAGCCUCAGUCUUCAAGAGAAUGUAGAACUUCAUAGAAAAAUAAGCCUCAUCUGCAAGGAAAAUGCAGAACUACAAAAGGUUCUUGAAGCAAAUAGUACAAAAGAAGAUAUUGCAACAUCCGAUCCUCCAUACACUAUGAACCAUGGAUAUGAUUUAAUUGCGCCUAUCAGUCUCCAGCUACGCCAGCCACAUCCUCAACACAGUGAAUCACCAGCCAAAGCAAUGAAACUGGGGUAUUACCUCAAACUAAUGCUAUUAAUCAUACAGCUUGGAUCUAUAAAAAUAUGA